CGCAAGGUGUUAUAAAAAAAUUAGUUUGAAUAAUAAUUUUCAUUAAGAAAAGUUUUGUUAAAUAUAAAUUCUAUUGUAUUCUCUUUAUUUACCUUAUCUGUGAAAAUUUAUUUAUGAUUAUUAUUUUAAAUAGUAAAAUAUUCAAUUUAAUGUAUAUAAUUUCGAUUUUUUAUAAUAAAAUUAUCUUUAACGAUUGUCAGUAACUUUUUUAAGAAUAUUUGCUUGUUUACUUUGGAUUCAAUGUAUCAUACCGCGCAAACUUUUAAGAUGACCGUCGUUCGUACAGAGUGUUCAUUGCGUGAGAUGUUUUAGCUGCGCGUGGCAAGACCUUGUUAGUCAUUGUAUCUUGGAUACUCCCGAAAACACCCGUAGUGAUUCAGUUCAGUAUUUCAGUAUUUGAAAUGGCAGGAGAACACAGGAGAAGGAGAAAUGGUUGAAAAAUUAUUCUUGGAACAACAAUACAACUACGUCUGUCCAGAGGUGAAACAAUAACUGUAUGCGGGUCGAUGUUGAGAAAAACACCAUGAGAAUCUCGCAGACUUUCAGUGUGAAAUAUCUCCGGUUACUGGGAAAGCAGAAUCAAUAAAUCAUUGGGAAAAAGUGGAGAAAAUCUUUGUUGCGUUCUGAAAAAAUUUUCCACUGUAGAAGGAAUAAAACUCAUCUUUGGAACUGAAGGUGUAUUAAUGAUACUGACAGUCUUGUAGGUCACUGACUCAAAAGGACCCUUUCUUCGUUUCUCUAAAUGGAUUAAAUGGCAUUAAUGAGAAAUCUGAAAAUGUUGAAAAGAGGUUCUGUUCAGUAAUCUGUUUCAGAAAGUAAAUGACAUUUGCAGGGCAAGGCGUGUUCAAGUUGUGGUCGUCAAAAGCACGUUGCAGGGAACGACAAGUGUCAAUGAGACAGAUGGUUGGACACGUGUGACCGCAUUUUUCUCAAGUUCAUAAUGCGUUGCAAACCCAAAGAGCCUAUUUGCGUAAAUUUUUAAACAUACAAAGUAAUCAUAUCCUUUGUGAAAUGUUAUAAUUUUAAUGGUGCUAUGUUAAAAAGGAUAAAUAAACAUUUUCAUUGUAAUAACCUUUAAAAAGGAGCAUCAUACUAUUUGAAACUAAUUAGAAAUUAUGAAAAAGUAAUAAAUAUUUGAAACCACAUAACCGUGGACUAGAUUAAAUUAGGAGACAUGCCUCAUGGCUGGAGGCAACGACCACAUCAAACAAGGUGCAAGUUUCGUCAAAACAAAUGUAUUGCAGCAAUAUUAUCGUUAUCGCGAUCCUUGUUCUAUAUUUGUAUCUCCUGCGAGUGAAGGCUUUCGGCGACGCCAUCGGAAGGAGAGUAAUCGCCUCACGUUACGAGGUAUUGAUACAUUGCAAGAAGAUAUUUUCCGAAUAUUUUCGGAGACUCUUCAUUGCGAUCUUAAUAUACUAAUCGGACAUGAAGUGAUUUGUACAAAUGAAUGCAUUAUUAAAACCAGAUCACCGUUCUUUUAUAAAAUCAUUGAACCGUUCUUUGACCACAGUGAGGAAACAAUUACUUGUUGUCUCAAUACACCUGGAAUACUUGAAGAAAUCAAACAAUUUGUGAGGCUUUUAUACACAAAUUUUGAAGUUUACUGCGAAGAAAAAUUACUAGUACAGCUCAUUUUGAGUGUUAUUUGUGAACUGGAUUCUGCAGAACGUUCUUGCACAUAUGAAAUUUCCAACAGCAAAGAAAGGAAUCACAGAAAAGUCUGUCAGGAAUGUAAAACUCUCUGUAGAUGCAAUAAAAAAGGCGACUCGAUUGAUGUGAUUUCUACAUCGUCCGAUAUGGCAGACUCAGGAUUAGAAACGGGAUCGGUGAGUCCUCAGGAAACAGAUAUAAAUUCUGAUAAUUCUGGAACGGAAUUCGAAGAGUCUCAAGGGGUAGAAUUUACAUUGAUGGAUAAAGUCACUUCAAACGAAUUAAGUGAUCCAACUUUCGGAACUAUUCACUUUGCGAAAUGCCAGUAUAAAUCAAGACUCAAUCACGACAAUAUAAAGUUACAAAACCCAAAUUAUGAUGCAACAUGUUCGUCAUCGACUGCUGAACAGCAACAACGUGAAUUUGAAGAAAAUGCACAAAAAUUAGAUCAUGUUGAAGAAAUCUUCCAGUACGAAAAUCAAGUAUUAAAUUAUACCUUUUAUGAAUCAGAUGGCAGUGACGAUAAUAAUCAAGGUAAUUCUCCAAUGCCCUCAGAUUCUUUUGAAUUUGUGGAACCUGAAGAUCUUCCUUCCAUUGAUUACAAUAGUGAAGAGAAGCCAGAGAAUUACAAAGAGUUUGAAUCCGAAGAAAGUGAACAUCUCAAAAGCAGUGAAAAGGAAAAGAAAUCCGUCGAAAGUUUUCAGAGUGAACUCUCUCGUACGAGUGAAUCUAUUAAAAGCAGUACUACCUCAGUAAACAGCUAUUUCUUUAUAGACGCUUCGAGUUUAAACGAUGAUGUCUUUCCUGUGGCUAUGAACUCUACAAAGGAACGCGGCGACAGCUUGCCGCCCUAUUUUUGUCCUUCCGAUGGCUACGUUCCUUCUAGAACUGAUGUAAAACAUCACCGAUUGACAAACUUCAAGUCAAGUACGUCUCAAAGUGAGCAGCGAGAGACUGCAGUGUUUGAGCAGGAGUUGAAACUCAAUGAAUUUCUCAAACCUCUAUCGGAACCGAAAAAAAAAAAACGAGUGGAUUCUGCCUUAGAGGAUAAAUUAAGCGAGAAGGGGACAGUCAAGGAGGCUCUUGUGGUCGAAAUUAAGGAAGCAGACAGCGGCGAAAGCACUCAACCUUCUCCUUGUCCCGAUAACGCUAAAAUUGUACUUGAAAUUGAUAACCAACAGACAGGUUGUUCAUUUGAAGAACAUGGAUGCGAAGAAUGUGAAAAUCAGAACGGGAAAUCCAUCGAAAUGGAUAAUCAAGAAGCAGACAAAUCGGAAGAGAGUAAUCAAGUCAAUGAUGAUAGACGACCUUCUCUUAUCAGGAGAAACACCUUCGAACUGGAUUCAAAUGAUGAGAAGCUCUCGGCCUUAAGACAGGAAUACGAGAGACGUCAAGGAAGUUUAGUUUUUCAAAACUCCAUUCCCCAGUAUUCUGGUCACAGAGUGGACAACGAUUCUUGUUACGGCUCUCCUCUGCACUCGAGUUUAGGCCCGACAAACGAAGCCCAAAAUUUUUCUGAUCAACAAAUUGCAUUCUUAUCGUUAAAUAAACUGGAUCAUGAUCAUGUAGAGAAAGAGACAAAGUGCAAUUACUUUUCAAAUCACAGAUACGAUCAAACUGAUACCAUCCCAAUGCAGAGGAGCGCGAGUGACAAGAAUGUCACAAACUCUCAGGAAGAUCUCUCUGAGAAUUGCAAUAGUUUGCCAGUGACACUAAACAGCAUCUUGACACGCGACGAUUAUUUAGCGAGGCGAUCUGUCCGAGAUGAGUCAAUUCCUAUAAUUUCCGGUGGUGCCAGAACUUUGGAUUCCAGGCGAACGACGGACAGUCCGACAGUUCGUCGAAAAACAGAAUCAACUCCCAUCGUCUCUGGAGGAUCAGUUUUGAUACCGGAAUUGGAGACGAAAAUUAAAUCAAGAAUGUCUUCCUCGAUGACUGCAUGGGUCGUAGACAUGAGUACGGUUCAGAAAAUGACCAAGAGUAGAGAAAUGUCGCAAAGUUUUUCCACUUCCGAUUGUAUUGAAAAACCUAUCACACAGAAAAAGACGCAUGAAAAGCAAGGGAGUUUUGGUUUCUUCGUUGAUCUCAACGAUAUGAAUGCCCCGAAGGAGAAGGAACCGGAAGCUGUUCAACCAAAAAAACGUGACCAAAACGGAUCCGAAAAGCAAUACUGUGAAUUUUUUAUAGACAUGUCCGAUAGCGACGUUUCACUAAAUUCCAAAAAAUCCUCGCCGAGAGGCUCGACUACCAAGAAAGAUUUGAUUGAUUUGAAUGAUAAGAAAAAUAUUUUCUCGAUGUUUAUCGAUUUUAAGGAACCAGAGAAAACUGGAAAAAAAGGUUGUGGUUCGGAACUCUGGCACAAAAGAUCCAAAGAGUAUUUGCCUGGAUUGAGUAAUAAGAGAUCCACUGAGAGAGAAAGGUUUGAGAGGAGUAGCACUAAGGAAGCUUGUAUAAAACCUGAAGAGGACGAAGUCACACGACAGAGUAAUAUACCAACAUCAGUAGAAGACAAUGGUUAUGAACAAACACCAGUGAAGGAGAAGAGCAAAGGAGUAUUUAUGUUCAUUCAGUCAGAUUCGCCGGUUGUGCGGAGGAAAACACUUUCCAGCUCUCGCGCUCCUUUUAAACGUAAUUCUUGGAAUACUGACAAAAGUACUGACGAAAACGAAAUCGGAAAUAGGUUUGGUAGUGUUUCUGGAAAUGGACCAUUAAAGUCAACGUUUUUCCGUAAAGAACAUAAAAGAGCCCAAAGUCUAUCGAUAGAUCGAAGAGAAUUUCGUCAGUUUCAAGGCAGAGCGAGCAAAUCCAGUCAUUCACUAAGCGAAGCUGCCCAAGUGAAUUCCGUGAAUGGAAUAAUUUCAACGAUGGAAGAGGAAAACAGUCAAAAUCUUGAUACAUCAACUACUCUCGAUGUCUUCGAGUACGAUACACAAGACACGCCACCCAACUCGCAUAUUGAAAUCACCAACGAAAAAAUUCGAAUGAAACACAGUGCACUCGAAGAAACAAAGUCCGCAGAUGUUGGUCAAGUCAAAAAAAAUUAUGAAAAACAGAUUACUGAAUCUCGAAAAAUUUGGGAUAAUACAGCAACCAAAAGUACUGAAGCUCAAACAAAAAAGAGUGAAACUUUCGAUAUUAGUAGCGAAAGUGGACCAUCUCCAGGAAAUGAGAAUCAAGAUUUUCAAUUAUCUGAGCUUCUAAAUGGAGAUGUGCCUAAGUUUAUUGAUAGAACGCCAAUAAUUGCUUCAACUGGAGCGAAAAUAACUAAGACUCAUAAGUCGUUAAAUGAAAAAAUCAAAAGAAUUGAGAGUGAAUUGAAAGGACCUGAGUUUGAAUUGAAACAGAAGGAAGAGUCGAAAGGAAUGAAUGUCGAUUUUGUAAGACUUUCGGAUUUAGACAGCACAUCUACGAAAUGUUCCACAUCUAAUGUGACUGUUAUUAAAGAAACUGAAUCUUUCACGCAUCGCAUGAGUAACAGUAUUCCGGAAACGUCGUGGAUUGAGAGUAAAUUAGUAAUUACAAGGACUAAUGGAGUAAUGAAGACGCGACCGAGACAAUUUCCCAGUCAUAUGAGUACAUCUCUUCCAUCGAAACAAAAAUCGCCUUUAGAGGAUUUGACUAGUGAAAGAGAUGCCGAGGGGAUUAUUUCCGAAUCAGAUCUAAGCAGUAUGCAAAGUAGCAUGGGACGAUCCGGAGCUGAAGGAAGUACAGAAGAGACGGAAACUUCUAGUUUUGCCGGCGCAAAACCAUACAAUAGGCUCGGCGAGGAUCUCCUGCGAAUGUUUUUAGAGGAAAUUAAUCCAGACGUUACAAUAGACGUUGCUGGACGUAAAAUAAGAGCUCAUAAAUGCAUUUUAAGUUCUAGAUGUCAAUACUUUGCUGCGAUUCUUAGCGGAGGUUGGAUUGAAAGUACGGGAAAUAUAAUUUCUUUGCAAGGUUAUUCUUACAACGCAGUUCAUUUUGCAUUAUGCCACAUAUAUAGCGGCGAAAGUAACAUUCCUGAUACCAUAAGUAUUAUGGAAUUGGCAACAUUAUCAGACAUGCUUUGCUUAGAAGGUCUCAAGGAAGUAAUAGGAUACACUCUUAAAGUGAAAUAUUGCCACUUAUUUCAUAAACCUUGUCAAGUUUGUGCUGUAGGAGUUUUGGAGUGUAUGCCUCUUGCUGCAGCUUACGGCUUAGAUGAAUUGUACCGAAAAUCCCUGAAAUGGGUUACUCGACAUUUCGUGAGGAUUUGGCCUUGCAAAGCUUUUGCUACUUUGCCCAGAGAACUCAUGGAUAAAUGUUAUCAUCAGCACAUUGUUCAUAUGUUAGCAGAAAAUGUGCUGCAAACUAUAAUGGAUUGUGACAAGUUAUUGGCAACUUUGCCAAAUGUUCGUUGGGCCGAACCAGUUUUUCGAUUAGUCUCUAAUCUCCUUGAUGCUUCGGUGAAAUAUCUGUCAGACAAUUUUGCAGGAGUCUUAGGCAGCGAUAGUUUCCAAGCAUUGGGAAAAGAUUUAACUUGGAAUAUCAGUCGUUUAGAAGAUAAUUUCCUUUUAGCUGCUGAACGUCUUCCACCAGAACAGGCUUGCAGAAGCUAUUCGAAACUUGACAAAAUGCUUGUAACAUCACAAGCAGAUGAUUUACAAUCAAGACUUAAAUGUGGACCUCUAUUUAUUGAUUUCCUUAAGAGAAUUCAAAAUCGCGUAGAAAAAUGUUUAGUGCGAGAAGCUGCAAGGGCCUCAAGAACUACAUCGUGGUUAAAGAUGGACCUGGAGUUACGAAGACGAAUACAAGAAUUAGCUUGUCUCGUGAUUCUACCGAAUGAAGCCACGAAGCGAAAUUCUAGGCAUUCUAAUUUCCUUAAAGAUCCGAAAAUUCCUCCUGGUAAAUUGUCAACAAAUCGAAGUCUGGAUGUAAAGAAAGUGAAGACAGCAAUUACAGAAUACAAUGGAAAAAGUAUUAAAUCAACAACAACAACAACAACAACGACACAGCAAACAAAACGAGUAUUUAAUAAACCAAAAACUGAUCCUCUCGAACGAAAAAUGCAAGAGGAAAAAUCUACUGCAGACAACCCGCUUAGACCAAAAUCCUGGCCAAAUAAAAUAGAGGUGAAAUCUCGAUAUUUGGAGCCAAGAAACAAGUCUGCAACAAAAGGAUCUGCAGUGCAGGCAAAUCAAGAAAAAGUAAUAACUCAGAGAAAGAAAAUAAUGAUUUCCUCAUCAGACUCAUCUCGAACUUCGAGUCCCGCGAUGAAACGUGCGAUUGAGAAGAAACCUGUAAAUAAAAUCAAAUUACAAAUAAAGAAAGACUCGAAAGCUCUCUCUUCGGAUAGUCUCGCCGAUUCGAACGCAACUCGAGCAAAUAACAAAAAGAAAAUAAUUAGCAAAAGUUGCGGAAUCACCAGACCUGAAUCGCCAUCUUUGAAACGAAAAGAUGAUGAUGCUGUGGGACUCUCAGUGUCUUCUCUGUCAGAUCAAAAAAUGAAAGAAACUGGAAAGAAAUCAUUAAAAAUGGACACUUCGAUGUCGACUGACAGUUUAACGGCGGAAAAUACAUCAGGAACUCUAAAAUCCACAGUUUCCAAUAAAUUAUCACCAACACUAAAUCGGGGCCUUAAUAAAUUUCAAGCCUAUGACCGCGCCAAGAAAUUGUCGCCACCAAUGCAAUCGAAAAAUACCCCAUUGGCUCGAAGACCUGUCAGAUCUCUGGAGAGUUCGACAACGGCCAGUCGAAACAGAGCCGCUGCUGCUGUGAAUGCAUAUCACGGAUCUCCGAAUCUUCGAAGAAAUCUUCUCGAUGCUGCGAAAACUCCGGAUAUUUCUGCAAAACCUUUGAGUAAUGUCGCUCCACGCACAAUUACAAGGCACACAGCACAAUCGGCAACCGCGGCUUUUAAUGAUAAACGCGAUAAAAAAGAAUCGCUCUCUAAUAGUAUUGAUAGUCCCGCAAGAAAGACAUCUCUGAAAUUGAACGCUACUCAUAAACUAAGUAAAUUCCCUGUUGGCAAAAAGAAGGUAGAGAAAGGAAUUGAAGACAAGGGGAAACCCAAGAGCGAUACUCCGAAAUUGCUUACGGUCGGUUCUAGGUCUGGAACUUUCUUGAAGGACGAGCCGACAAUACUUAAAAAGGCGGACAUUAAAUCCUCACAGAUAGAUAGUUAAUUUUAAUUUAGUAAGCUUUGAAAGCAUAAGAGUAUUCUCUAAAACGCACUUGCCAUUAUCGAAAUUCAUUUCAUUUCUCACAAAUUACUCAAAUUGGAAAGAUUUUUAAAGUAGAGAUUUCUAAUUAUUGAUUAAAAGUAAACAAAUCUUUUUAUUACUCAUAAAACUCUCUAAACAAAAAUUGAAUUUUCCUUAAUAAUACUACCGUUACUACUACCGUUAAAAAUGACAAAAUUUACAUUUGUGUUUAUUCUUUAAAUCUUUCCAAUUUACAAUAUUCACUGAAGUUAAAUAUAACUUUAAAAAUUCUUUUUAAAUAAACACAAAUUGACUUCUUGUCAUUUUCGACCGUGGUAUAUUAAGGAAAAUAUUAAGGAAAAUUCAAUUUUUGUUUAGGGAGUUUUAUGAGUACAAAAAAUUUAUUCAUUUUUAAUCAAUUUUUAAUAAAUAAUUACAAGUGGUGUGCAAAAGCUCGAACUCGAUCGAUAUUUUUCGAGUCGAGCCGAGUAGAACAUUAUUAAUUCGAGUCGAGCCGAGCUGUAUAAAACAUUCGAAAAUUUUCGAGUACUCGAGUGAAUACGAGUACUUGAAAUAAUCGAGUACUCGAAAAUAGUCGAGUACUUCUGUAAAUUGAAUUUGAAUAUUUGAUUGUUUGUAAGCUAUUUACUAUUUUUUCAUGAGUAUGUAAUUUCAAAUAUGUAGUCAUUCAUUUAUCUGUUGAUUAAUUUAGUAAUUUUUGCAAAACAAUAAAAAUUGAACGUUUAAUAUGCUCGAAUUCAUUCUAAUACUCGAAAAUUUCGAGUUCUCGAAUUUACUCGAGUGCUCGAAUUCAUUUAAGUACUCGGAAUUUUCGAGUACUCGACCCUACUGAAAAUUCUCAUGUAGGAUCUUAUAUAGGAUCUCACAUAAAUUCAUAUAUUAAAAUCCACAUAAAAUCCUAUGUGUCAUGUAAGAAACUAUACAGGAUCUUAUGAAAAAUCAUAUAGGAAAUUGAGACAUGAUUUGAAGUGGGAUUCGAUGUAAAUUCUUAUAAACGUAUUCUUAAGUAAUAAAUUAUGUAAAUUCCUAUGUGAAAUCCUACAAUUUUUUCUGGUCCCAUUUUUUCCUUCAAUUUCUUAUGUCAAUUUCCUUCGUGUUUUCUCAUUAAAAAAAUAUAUAUAAAAAUCCAUGUAAAAUCUUAUGUAUGAUCUUAUAUAGGAUCAUACAUAAAAUCCUAUACAGGAUCCUACAUAGGAUCUCAUGUAAGAAUUAAUCAUAUAGGAAUUUAUGUGGGAUGUCAUGUGUGGAUUUCACUGUUUUAAUUGUCCAUCUAAGAUACCAAGUCGGAAAUUAUAUGAGAAAUUAUGUAGGAAAUUAUAUAGGAAAUUAUAUGGGAAAUUUCAAUAUACAUGUAGAUCAUCAUAGUUCCACUCUUACGCCACCGGAUGGUGAUAAUUUUUUUUCUCACAGUUGAGAUCAGUCUUGAAUACUAUGAAAGCUGAGACUCUAACUCAGAAGGUGUAUUGUAAAGCACAAUUCUUUUUCUUUUCAGAUGAAUUGCAGUAAUAUUAUUUGAUUUUUAAUUAAAUAAUUUUUAAUUUUUAUAAACUGCCGUCUGCCAACUGAAAAUUCCUAUAUGAAAUCCUAUAUUGUUUCGUUUAUAUAAUUCCAUGUGAAAUCUUAGAUAGAUAUUUCAGAAUCUACAUGAAAUCCUAUAUGAUUUGUUAUGUUCAAAUCAAUCAUAUAUAUGAUCCCAUGUGAGGAUUUUUAAUGAUUUCAUGUCAGAUUUUUUGUAAUAAUUUUUUAUUCAAGAAUCGAAAAAAGAUUUGAUGUAUGAUUUGAUAUAGGAAAAUUUCUGGUUAAGGAUUGAGCAAUGAAUUUUGGUAUGUUUUUUAAUGAGAAAACACGAAGGAAAUUGACAUAAGAAAUUGAAGGAAAAAAUGGGACCAGAAAAAAUUGUAGGAUUUCACAUAGGAAUUUACAUAAUUUAUUACUUAAUACGUUUAUAAGAAUUUACAUCGAAUCCCACUUCAAAUCAUGUCUCAAUUUCCUAUAUGAUUUUUCAUAAGAUCCUGUAUAGUUUCUUACAUGACACAUAGGAUUUUAUGUGGAUUUUAAUAUAUGAAUUUAUGUGAGAUCCUACAUGAGAAUUUUCAGUAGGGGACUGUAUUCGAGUACUCGAUACCUCGAGUCAAGCUCGGGUUCGACUCGGCUCGAAAAAAUUUCGGCUUGAUUCGACUCGACAUUCGAGCUUUUUGCACACCUCUAAUAAUUACAAAUCUCUAUUUUAUCAAAUUAUUCGAAAAACAAUUGCUUGAAAUUUAAUUCUGCCGGACAGAAUUUUACUUUUAUGUUGUUAAAUUAUGGCAAUUAUAUUUGAAUUUUUUUUAUUUAAAUUAAAUUCAAAUGUUUUUACUUAAAUUGAAUAUAAAUUUAAAUAUUUGAAUCUCGAGUUUAAUUUAAGUUUAAAUUCUGAAUUUAAGUGAUUUAAAAUAAUGGGUAUUUAAGAAAGUGAAAAUAGCAACGGAGAUAUUUAAUGAAGUUGAUGGCAAAUGAAUUCUGGAAAAUGUUCGUCAAAGCUAUAUGUAUGCCUUUUUACCUUGCAUUAGUGAUCAUCAAAUUACAGAGAUAUUAAAAAAGUCAUUACUGAAAAAUGAAAUUUAAAAAUCUUUAAAUAUUGCAGUAUAAAAUAAUGAAGCAUGGAAAAUAUUUAAGAGAACUAUGAUCCUAGUGAUGUAAUUUAGAUUUUUUUAAGUUGAUAGAGGCUUUUUCUUAUACAGUUCAAAAAUUGAAAAUAUUGUGAUUAUUUUUGUUAUUCAUGCAUUUCGAAAAACCUAUUUAAAAAAAGUAGAUUUUCUUAAAAUUUUUCGAAAUGCUAAAGCGCUUGAUGUACCUUUUUAUCUACAUCUGUAUUGCUUAGAAAGGUGGUAAGUUCCAGAAGAAUGAAAAUUCUAUUUAAAAAAUAAUUUCUAAAAUUAUGAUUUUCGCUAAGAUAUUUAAACCGCCUGAUUGCGUUUAUUAAGAGAAAAGUAUGAGUGUGUACGUGCGUGCGAAAUCUCAUUUUUGUACGAUAAAAAAUGCCAAAAUGAGUUUACUAUAACGUAAAAUUGUUAUUUUGCAACUAUGCAUGUUUUUUUAUAGUUUUUCUCCAGAUUUAUAUCGUUCCUUAAAAAAAUGUUGAUUAUUUUUUUAGAUGGAGUUUAUAGCAAUAUCAAUUGAAAAUUGAAUUAGUUUAUGAUUAUGAAACCAAAAAUAAUUUGAUGUUUAUUAACGACGGGAAAAGUUGUCGAUUUAUUUGUCGCUUAAUUAAUACUCAUACGUGACGAAGUCUCAGUGAUAAUAAUUUGAAUUAGAAUAUUUUUGAUCACUAAUGCAAUUAGUGUAACUGUAUACUCAGCUAAACAGAAAGAAACUUUGGCAUAGUUAUGUAAGUUAUUAUCUCGUAGAGUAAUGUGCACUGUAUAUCGAUAAUCGCUAGAACAGAAAAAAUGCCAGUCCUUAGAGUUUUUAUUUAAAUGAUUAAUUUACAAAGUGCAGAAUUAUUUUAAUUGUCAAAACAGCCAUAUCAAUGAUUUUGUUUUAAACGUUUUUCCUUUUUUUCUAAUGAUGUAACUGCAGGUUCUGUAUUUCUUCAAAUUUGUCUUCUCAUGUAAAUUCUAUGUUUCAGUAGGCGUAUACGUGUAUUGUCAAAGCGAGAAAUAUUGAAUUGUAGCCAGUCAUUCUAUUUAUUUAUCGAAAAUCUAUCUCUAUUUUGCAAUGUACAUUUUUAUGCAAUAUUUAUAUCUAGUCAUUUAUAUAUUUUGAAUAUUUACUUUAUGUAAUGUUAUGAAAAUAUCUCGAUAUAAAAAUAGAAAGUUGUAAAAUUA